AGAUAAGUGGAAUUUUGACGUCAUUCUAAAUGACCAAUUACAAAGAUACAGUAAAUCUAUUGACCUCAGGGUUUACUAGCAGGAACAACAACAACGGCAUCAUGCAGCAUAUUGGAACCGUGGUCUUGACUUUGGCCUUGGUUUCCCAAGCUCAAGGAGCGAGUAAGGCUAAACUGGGAUUGUAUUACGAAUCGUUGUGUCCAGACUCGCAAGAUUUCUUCCAAGACCAAUUCAUCCGGACUUACGAAUCCUUGGGGCAAUAUUUGGAUGUUUACUUCAAUCCAUUCGGUCAUGCCACGUACACCCAGACCAGUGAAGGAGGAUGGACUUUUGAGUGCCAACAUGGUCCCAACGAGUGCUAUGGAAACCUGAUUCAGGCUUGUAUCUUGGACCGCGUCCAAGAUCAAGAUAUUCGCUCUGAAGUGAUCACUUGCAUCAUGACCUCAACUGAUCAAUCAACGUCAUGGGAGGAGACCAACAAGAAGUGUAUUGACGUGGUCCCUGAAUUGGAUUACAAUGACAUCAUUGGGUGCCAGAGCUCUACAGAAGGUGAAAAUUUACUGAAGAACAUGGGUGAGAUCACGCUUUCGAUGGAGCCUCCAGUGUCUUGGGUCCCAUGGGUCAUCAUCAAUGAGGUUUACGUGGAAGAUGAUUUUGAUGCUACCCAAUACCAGUUGAAGGAAUUACUUUGCGAAAAGUACUUGAGUGAUGUCCCAGAGUGUCAAUAAAAUAGAAUGAAUUUUAA